UGGUAUGUGCCCUCUCCUGCAUUCACAGGGAGCUCUGCUGGGCACAUGGAGGGUGCAAACCUGUCAGCAGUGACGGAAUUUGUCUUCACUGGCUUCCCCCAGCUCCAGGAUGGUGGCCUCCUGUACUUCUUCCCCUUACUCUUCAUCUACACCUUUGUUGUCGUUGGGAAUCUAUUGAUCUUCUUUGCGGUCAGGAUGGAUGUCCGCCUCCACAACCCCAUGUACAACUUCAUCAGCACCUUCUCCUUCCUGGAGGUCUGGUACACCACAGCCACCAUCCCCAAGAUGCUCUCCAACCUGGUCAGUGAGAAGAAAACCAUCUCCAUGACCGGCUGCCUCCUGCAGAUGUACUUCUUCCAUUCCCUUGGGAAUUCAGAGGCGAUCUUGCUGAUCACUAUGGCCAUUGACAGGUACGUGGCCAUCUGCAACCCUCUCCGCUACCAGAUGAUCAUGACCCCCCGGCUGUGUGCUCAGCUGUCUGCAGGCUCCUGCAUCUUUGGCUUCCUCAUCCUACUUCCUGAGAUUGUAACGAUUUCCACACUGCCCUUCUGUGGGCCCAACCAAAUCCAUCAGAUCUUCUGUGACUUGGUGCCAGUGCUGAGGCUGGCCUGUACAAACGCGUCCGUGAUUCUGGUUGAAGAUGUGAUCCACGCUGUGGCCAUCAUCAUCACCAUCCUAAUCAUUGCCCUAUCCUACAUCAGAAUCGUCUCUGUGAUCCUGAGGAUCCCCUCUGCUGAGGGUCGGCAGAAGGCCUUUUCUACCUGUGGGGGCCAUCUCACUGUCUUCCUGAUUUUCUUUGGCAGUGUGUCCCUCAUGUACUUGCGUUUCAAUGCCACCUACCCCCCAGCUUUGGACACAGCCAUUGCACUGAUGUUUACUGUCCUUGCUCCAUUCUUCCACCCCAUCAUUUAUAGUCUGAGAAACAAGGACAUGAAGAAUGCAAUUAGAAAACUCGUCCAGGGGAUCCCUGGGAUGAGGUCUGCCCAAACUGUUCUUUGUAUGGAGCCCUCCCAAUUCCAUACCAAGAUGGAGACUGACCGGUUAAAUCAUAAUGAUGACAAGAAAAAGGCGGUAGCAAUGGUCACCAGGAUCUGUGAAUCUUCCAUGAAGCACUGA